AUCUUUUCAUGUGUUAUGUCUCCUCUUAAUGACACAAACAUUGAAGUCCUUAGAUUCCUCCUUACUGGGAUCCCUGGACUGGAGAAGAGUCACAUCUGGAUAUCUAUUCCUUUCUCAUCUGUGUACCUUCUUUCUCUCCUGGGAAACUUUAUCGUUCUCUUUCUUAUCAAGACAGAGCCAAGCCUCCAUGAACCCAUGUACUAUUUCCUUUCCAUGCUCUCCAUCUCAGACCUAGGGUUGUCCCUUUCUUCCUUACCCACCACUUUGGGGCUAUUCCUAUUCAGUGUCCAUGAAAUUCAUGCAGCUGCCUGCUUUGCACAAGAGUUCUUUAUCCAUUUAUUCACAGUCACUGAAGCUUCUGUGCUAUCUGUAAUGGCAUUUGACCGAUACGUGGCCAUCCACAAUCCUCUGAGAUACAGCACAAUCUUAACCAGCUCUAGAGUCAUCAAAACAGGGCUCUUACUGACUUCUAAAAAUGUUCUUUUGAUCCUUCCAUUGCCCUUUCUCUUGCAACGGCUGAUAUACUGUCAUCAAAACCUGCUCUCACACUCCUACUGUCUCCACCAGGAUGUCAUGAAGCAGGCAUGCUCUGACAACAGAGUCAAUGUUGUCUAUGGACUCUUUGCUGCGCUCUCCACCAUCCUGGAUUUGUUGUUUAUUACUUUUUCCUACAUAAUGAUCUUAAAGACAGUCCUGGGAAUUGCAACCCCCAGAGAGCAGCUGAAAGCCCUCAAUACCUGCAUUUCUCAUGUCUGUGCCGUGCUCAUCUUCUAUGUACCCAUGCUGAGUGCAGCAAUGCUCCACCGUUUUGCCAGAGAUGUGUCUCCUCUGAUCCACAUACUCAUGGCUGAUGUUUUCCUACUAGUGCCCCCACUGAUGAACCCCAUUGUGUACUGUGUGAAGACUCGUCAAAUCCGAGAAAAAGUUAUGGGGAAACUUUGUCCAAAAAGAAGUUCAUCAAAGGAAUGA